GCUGUGGCUUUUAACUAUAUCUAGUUAAAGAACUGGGGGCGAAUCAGUCUCAUCCCCGCCAUUAUCCUGGCGUUUCCGAUCAUACCAGGGUAGGUUUCUGGGAUUUUCUACGUGGUGGUAAUGCUCCUCGAAACCACACCUUACAGUUCAUCGAUUCCGUGACCGCCGUCGGAUCUGAUCGCACUAUGGACUCCGUCUCUAGAGCCACCGUCGCGUCUACAACUGCUGUUGUCGAAGAGCCCGAGUAUCUUGCUAGGUAUCUUGUUGUUAAACAUUCCUGGAGGGGUCGUUACAAGAGGAUCCUUUGUAUUUCGGGCGGUGGAAUCGUCACGCUUGAUCCUAAUACUCUUGCUGUUACUAAUUCUUAUGAUACUGGAAGUAAUUUUGAUGGUGCUUCACCUUUGAUUGGGAGGGAUGAGAAUACGGAGAGUGUUGGUGGUGAGUUUACUAUCAAUGUUAGGACGGAUGGGAAAGGCAAAUUCAAGGCUAUGAAGUUCUCUUCUAGGUGCAGGGCAAGUAUUUUAACUGAGUUGUAUCGGCUUAGAUGGCAUCAAAUUAGACCUGUGGCUGAGUUUCAGGUGCUACACCUUAGGAGACGCAACGCUGAAUGGGUUCCUUAUAAAUUGAAGGUCACCUUUGUCGGUCUGGAGCUCGUCGACUCAAAAUNCUGGGAUUUUCUACGUGUUCAUCGAUUCCGUGACCGCCGUCGGAUCUGA